GUCAGGCAGCAUAAAUUUCAGCAUACAAAAUUCCAUACAGAAGCGUCGCGUCGCAGCUAAAACUUUUUCGGCGAGUUUUCCGCAGAAAAUCCAUAAAAAUGAAAGAACCGAGUGUAAAUAUUAAAUGAAAACUGAUGCGCAAAAGUUCCUUUAGUCUUAGAAUAAAUGUGUAAAUAAAACAGCAGCAACAACAACUGCAGAUCAAAUAAAUUAAAUUUACACACAUAGUUAAAUUAGUGAAAAUUGAAUAAAACACAAGAAAGCAAACAACAGAAGCAGCAUAGACGUGUGACAAAAACGUAAAUAAGAGAGAGCCAAAGCAAUCGAGUGGCAAAGCAAGAGAGAGAGAGAGAGAGAGAGAAAGAGAUACAGGUCGUCAGCAGACUACGCAGAACGUGUCGAGCAACAAAUUAAUAAAAAAUUGAAAACAUACAAAAACAACAACACAGAAAGCCAACCUCAACGUUAGCGUCAACGUCAGCGCCGCCGUCAACAGCAGUCGCAGCAGCAGCAGCAGCCGAACAGUCAGAAAAUGGGCUGUGGACAGAGCAAAAUACAUUUAUAUCCCAGAAAAUCGAAGAGUAAAGCAAAUGGCAAGAAAGGAGGACACGCCGAUUCAGAUGCCGAGACGGAUGAGGACGAAGGCCACAUUGAGGAUGCUGAGAAGGCACAGCAACGUGAGCGCGAGAAGCAUGAAGAGAGCGAGGAACAAAGCAAUAAGGACAUUCAGGACACCGAGGAGGACGUGGCCGUGUCGCUGCUGCGUGCCAAGAAUCUAUCGCUGCUGCAGAGCCAAGAAAUAUCAUCAAGCCAACAGAAUUUCUUCCGUAUGCUGGACAAGAAGAUCGACGAGGGUCCGGAUUACGACUCUGCCAGUGAAACGGAAAUAGCCUUGGAGGAGGCACGACUGAAUGCGCUGGUUCAGCAUUGGGAGUCCGCCAGCAUCACCGCAUCCAUAUGCUCCUCGGCCAGUCGAUCGCUGCAGACGACGCCCAUUCGGCAGGUGGUGCAGGUGCCGCUCAAGACGAGAGGAGCAACUGGCGGUAUCACUGGUCAUCUGCUGCAGCCCUCCUCGGCUUGCAAUACAAUGCCUCCGACGGAGUAUCUACCUCAACACGUCUUGGCGGGGCGACAGCAACAACAACAACAACAACAGCAGCAGCAGCAGCAACAACAGCAAGCGGCAAAUCUUUACCAGCAACAACAGCUCAUGCUGACGCAACAGCUGUUACCUCAGCUGGAUGCCAAUCUUGUCAAUACGUCCAAUGCAAAUGCAGCGGCGGCCGCGCAGCUUGUCCAGCUGCAACAGCAGCAGCAACAGCAACUGGUCAUGUACCAGCAACAGCAACAACAACAGCAGCAGCAACAGCAACAACUUGCUGCAUAUGGUGGGCAGUUACUAACGCUGCCCGCGGGCGUCAAGCCACAAAGUGUCAGCCCCAAGCGGUUGUUAUAUGGCGCCGUACCUUCGCCGCCAGUUAGCGCUCCUGUUCAGUACAUUGCCGCCAAUUCGCCGCUUAUGCAGACGGGAGUAACGGGUUUCCUAAAUGGCGCUGGCGCAACAGCCGGACGUGCACCCUUGCAGCUGUCCUACUAUGGCGCACCGAGCACUGCCCCCCAAAUCGCUGCCCAAGCAGCGGCCUCAAUUCCCAUUGCCUCCGAAUCUUACGAACCACAAACCGCUCCACACAGCCAAAGUCAACAGCAAUUGUUGCAGUCGUUGCAGCCACAAACGUCGCAGCAGCAACAGCAGCAGCAGCAACAACAGCCUCCACAUUCAACGGGCGCUUACUACGGCGAUGUCAUGCACUCUGUGCAGGCGGCGCCGCCAACGGAAUAUAAAUUUCCGCCGGCCAUAAGUGUACAGCGAUUGGCGCCACAAGUGCAGCGGCAGUUGCGGGAGACGCAGGAACUCAUAAAAGACUCGUGUCCGCAGCUGUAUGCGGCGGGCUAUGGCAGCCCAGGACCACCGAUACGCAAUCCCAACAGAAAUCCAAGUAGAACUAGACCCACCCUGGAGACGCAGUUCUCGCAGGAACUCUCGUGAUAUCUAUAUAUGUAAAAAGCAAGCAAAAACCAUAGCAAAGCAAAAGUAAAAAUAUUACAAAAAAACAACAUAAACAAAGGAGAAAACACACACAGAAUUAGUCAACUGCGCCAAAGAAAAUUUAAGCGAAAUUAAACAAAAACAAAUAUAUUAUAAAUUAAAUUAAAUUAAAACUAACAACAAAACCAAAAAAAAAAAAAGAAUAAAAACAAAAAAACGAAGAAAAUUGUAAAACUGCACUCAAUGUUUCAAUCCUCGCCCCCUUCCAAGGGGUAGAAACCCCCAAACGACAAUUUGUAACAGCAACAACAAAUGGAAAAGCAAAGAAAAAAACAAGAAAAACUACUACAACUACUAAAAGUUUUGCGAAGCAACAAAUAAAAUGCAUUAUAACUACAUAUUAAAGUCAAGUAUGUAA